AUGACGAAACUAUUCUCUCCGCUCCGCAUUGGCGAUAUUGAGGUCAAACACCGAGUUGUAUUGGCGCCUUUGACUCGCUACCGCGCCGAUGAAAGCCAUGUUCCGCUGAACUUUGUCCGGGACUACUACACCCAGCGCGCUUCAACCCCGGGAACGAUUCUGAUUACUGAAGGAACAUUUAUCUCACCUCGUGCUGGAGGCUUCAAGAAUGUGCCAGGUAUCUACAACAACGCCCAAAUAGACGCAUGGAAAAGCAUCACAGACUCGGUACAUGCCAAUGGGUGCUUCAUUUUCUGUCAGCUGUGGGCACUCGGCCGCGCAGCGAACCCAGACAUCCUCAAAGCGGGCGGCCACAAGCUGAUCUCCAGUGGUAGUAUACCCAUGUCCGGGGAUGCAGCCACACCGGAACCUCUGACAGAAUCUGAGAUCCAAGGGUUCAUUCAAGAUUAUGCACAAGCUGCAAAGAACGCCAUCCGGGCAGGCUUCGAUGGCGUUGAAAUCCAUGGUGCGAACGGAUACUUGUGUGACCAAUUCCUGCAAGACAAGUCAAACAACCGUACCGACGGAUGGGGAGGAAGUGUUGAGAAACGUUCCCGAUUUGGCCUUGAGGUUGCCAAAGCUGUCUCGGCCGCCGUGGGACCGGGACGAACAGGUUACCGUGUCAGUCCCUGGAGCCCCUUCCAAGGCAUGGGAAUGGAUGACCCACGACCUCAAUUCAGCUACCACGCACAACAGCUUAGUGCACUGAACAUCGCAUACCUACACGUCGUGGAAUCACGCAUAUCCGGCUCCAACACCAUCGAGUGCCGCGCGGAGCAAAUAGACUUUCUGGUGGACAUCUUUGGAACUUCAGGAACGGUUAUCGUCGCAGGAGGGUUUACCCCUGGAACUGCGGCGGAGACCACAGACCGAUACGCAGACAAGAACGUCGCCGUUGCCUUUGGUCGGUCAUUCCUCGCCAACCCGGACCUGCCAUUUCGUAUCCAACAGCACAUCCCUCUGACUAAAUACGACCGCUCUACUUUCUAUGUGCCAGAGUCUCGCGUUGGCUACAUAGACUAUCCGUUCAGUGAAGAGUAUAAGAACGCCCAAACCUGCAGGCUCUGA